AUGGCUGCCAAUUAUUGGGCUUCGACACAGCGCCGUCACUGGCUUUUCACUCGAGAGAAACUAGCAGAGGUCCGGGAUCGGCUCCGUGAUCAAGACAAGGCUUCGCACUCUCAAUUCCCACUGCCUGAUCAGCGCCUGUUGAACAUCUAUUUCAACCAACAAUUGAUCAAGUUGGGAAAACGCAUGUCUACCCGUCAGCAAGCCAUUGCGACGGCUCAAGUAUAUCUGAAGCGAUUCUAUACAAAGAACGAAAUCCGUCAAACCAACCCUUACCUGGUCUUGACCACUGCAUUUUAUCUAGCCUGCAAGAUGGAGGAGUGCCCUCAACAUAUUCGCUUCGUGGUGGGCGAGGCUCGCGGUCUGUAUCCUGAGUUCAUCACGCCAGAUGUGGCGAAGCUGGGUGAAUGCGAGUUUGCCCUGAUCUCGGAGAUGAGCUCUCAACUCAUCGUUCAUCAUCCGUACCGAACACUGUCGGAGCUUCAAACUGAGCUGGCUCUCAGCUCAGACGAAGUGGCACUGGCGUGGUCUGUCAUCAACGACCAUUAUUUGACGGAUCUGCCCCUACUUCAUCCGCCUCACAUCAUCGCGGUCAUGGCAAUCAUUGUUGCUGUGGUUUUCAAGCCUUCUCACCCGGGCAACUUUGGCAACUCGGCACAGUCUGCCCUGGCCGGGGUGAUGAGGGACGGCGGUGGCAUGGGUAUGCUUGCCGCAUUGUCCGACAAGUCUGGGUCGGGACCCCCUCGGGUCCAAAACCUUGUCCAGUGGCUCGCGGAGAGUGAGGUUGACAUCAAAGCCGUCAUCGAGUGCACGCAGGAGCUUCUCUCACUAUAUGAGGUGUGGGAGCAGUAUAAUGAAAAGCACUGCAAAGAGCUUAUUGGACGCAUGGUCCGGACCAAGAAUCUGGACAAGUGA